AUGUCGAGGUGGAGCCGUCUUCCGGAGGAGAUGAGACUCCAGGUGCUGGAGACUCUGGCACAGGAUCCUCGUCACAAUGUCGUCGAUGGCACAUACGGCCUGACCAACUACGUCCUUGUCUGCAGGGCAUGGCAGAAAAUCUUUGAAAAGGCCAAUUUCCGGCGCCUAGUUCUAUCCCAAGCCGACCUGGAUGCCCUGGAAAAGAUCCCAAAACGGUGCAAACCCUAUGUUAGACACAUAUGUCUUCGUAUCGAGAUCAAUGAAUACCGCCCUUGGGGUAAUUCCCCGCAGGUGAUAAGGCCGGAAAGGAUGGAAGAUAUAGCAGCAAACAACGACAUCAUUGAAUUGGUCGUUGGAAACCUUUUUCGCGUGCUCAAGUCUUGGGAGAAGGAGCUUCAGAAGGUCCGACCGAGCUAUCAAGGCAUGGCUCUGGAGAUGAGUAUCCAUUCGCCGAGCGACCCCAAGUACGUCUCCAGAGGAGUCACUGCAGUAGGGCUGGAAAAAGGAUUGUCAUGGACAAACGAGGUCGGCCUCGAAGGGGCCAUUUCCAAGAUAUUUGGUGGAUCUGUUCACAUCCGAUUUUACCAGAACCUUCCCCAGCUGAAUCUGAUACUUUCCAAGUUUCCUCAUCUGGAGAAUCUGAUCUACGAGCCGUGGCAGCAGUCCCUGGAUACGGUGCAGGAUCUGGUUGAUGCAGGUUAUGUAAAUUUGAUAAAAGGCUCGCUGCCAAAAGGACUGAAACACGUCACGCUUUUAGAAGAUCGCCAAAAUGGACAGGCGGGGCUUUUGACGGCAAUAGAUCCGGCGCAAAGUGCAUCGGCACGAACAGCAAACCCCUUCGUUGGUGCCGCCUUGGCAAAGAGGAGCGUCGACUUUGAGAGUCUCUCGGCGUCAUUUCUCGUUGAAGCGAACGACUUCUUCCGAGCAUAUAAGCGAGAGUGGACUUGGAAAGCCUUGCGAUCCCUGACACUGACAUCGAUGUAUCUGGAUUCUAAGCGAGGCUCUGAGGAGAUCAAUGGCAUGCUCAAGGCCGCUGGCGACGCAGCACUUGCGAUGCCCAUGCUCCAAGACUUGGAAAUAUGGAAUGGUGGCCCGGGGCACGCAGCCAUUUUUGAGUAUCACGGGCAUCGUGGUGAAGCCUACAUAGCAUGGCACAGCACUUGGAACUUGACCAUUGACUCACACGCCGUCAAGGCCUGGGAAUCUGUGGCCUAUAAGAAUCAUGGUUGCCGGCUUGAUGUACAUGACGAACACACUCUGAUAGGGGCCGGUGAUGAAUUCCGGCAUUAUCAAGAUGUUAUCCGGCGGCUCCGGACGAGAAGGAAUGUCAUCAGUCGGGAAAGCUUGGGCGAGCUGCGAUUAGAGCUCGAAGAUGGAUGCUUGUGCUGUCCGUAG